GAGUAGCCUCAGUUGAGCUGCACCUCUUGGCCCCACCUCUUUGUCUCCUUGCAUCAAAUCUGCUGCCAUCUUGGUCUGGCUGUCAUGAGUCGCCAGUUCAGUUACUACCCCAGUGGGGACCGCAUUGGCUUCAGUGGCUGCUCAGCUGUCAUUUCAAGCCGGCUUAGCAGUAGUUCAACCUCCUUCAGAGGUGGGGUGAAGGGAGUGGGGGCAGCAGCCUUUGGCAGCAAGAGCCUUUAUAGUCUUCGUGGCAACCGUUGCAUUUCAAUCAGUGCCACGACAGGGGCAUCAAGGAGUGGGAGCUAUGCCCUUGGGCAUGGGACUGGUUUUGGAGGAGGCAGAGUCAGUGGAUUUGUGGGAACAAUUUUUGGAAAUGCUGGUCUGGGGCCCGUGUGCCCAUCAGUAUGUCCACCCGGAGGCAUCCCCCAAGUGACCAUCAACAAAAGCCUCCUGGCCCCACUCAAUGUGGAACUGGAUCCUGAGAUUCAGAAAGUGAGGACCCAGGAGCGGGAGCAGAUUAAGGUGCUCAACAACAAGUUUGCUUCCUUCAUCGACAAGGUACGGUUCCUGGAGCAACAAAACCAGGUGCUAGAGACCAAGUGGAACCUAUUGCAGCAGUUGGACCUGAGUAAUUGCAAGAGGAAUCUGGAACCUGUUUAUGAAGGCUGUAUCACCAAACUUCGGAGACAAAUGGAGACACUGUCAGGGGACAAAGUGAGACUGGACUCAGAGCUCAGGAACAUGCAGGAUUUGGUAGAGGACUUCAAGAAGAGGUAUGAGGUGGAGAUUAACAGACGGACGGCAGCAGAGAAUGAGUUUGUGGUGCUCAAGAAGGAUGUGGAUGCAGCCUAUAUGAACAAAAUCGAGCUCCAGGCCAAGGUGGAUGCCAUAACAGAUGAAAUCAAAUUCCUUAAGUGCCUCUAUGAAGGGGAGAUUGCCCAGAUCCAGUCACACAUCAGUGACACGUCCGUCAUCCUCUCCAUGGACAAUAAUCGAGACCUGGAUCUGGACAGCAUCAUUGAUGAGAUCAAGAACCAGUAUGAGGAUGCUGCCAUGAAGAGCAAGACUGAGGCUGAGAACCUCUACCAGAGCAAGAUUCAGGAACUACAAAUCACAGCUGGCCGGCAUGGUGAUGACCUUAAUCUUACCAAGGCUGAGAUCUCAGAACUCAAUCGUCUAAUCCAGAGACUCCGCUCGGAGAUUGGGAAUGUGAAGAAACAGUGUGCCAACUUGGAGACAGCUAUCGCCGAUGCUGAGCAGCGGGGUGAUUGUUCUCUGAAAGAUGCCAAAGCCAAGUUGGAUGAGCUAGAGGGGGCCUUGCACAACUCUAAGGAGGAGCUGGCUCGCCUGUUACGGGACUACCAGGAGCUGAUGAGCCUCAAGCUGGCCUUGGACAUGGAGAUUGCUACCUACAGGAAACUUCUGGAGGGCGAGGAGUGCAGGAUGUCUGGCGAGUUUCCCAGUUCUGUGAGCAUCUCGGUCAUCAGCAGUACCAAUACCGGGGCAGGAGGUGGCUUCAGCGUGGGCUUUGGAACCUCGAGCAGUUAUACCUAUAAACAGGGAGGCGCUGAUGUCAAGACCAAGGGCAGCUGUGGAAGUGACUUCAAGGAGCCAAUGACCAAAGGUGGCAGCAGUCCAGCCAAAAAGGGCUCCAGAUAAAGGCUGAAGAGCUUGGGUCUCCCAGUUCAGAAUAUGGGCAAUGAUUCUGUGGGCCCCUGUGAACCCCUGUUUUGCUCCCCAUCCAAGAGAUUCUCUUUGCUCUCUAAAAGCCUGAUUGGUUCCCUUUCCUGCAACACUCAGGAUUUUCUGGAAAAGGGAUCAAACCCCGCCUAGCCAUGGACUCUGAUAAUUGCUCCUCUCUGGGUAGCCUUCCAAAGGCCACAAACCCAAUAAUGGCUGGCGUCUCUCUAAAGUAUUAAUGCUUACCACACUUUACAGACAUGUCGUUUGAGCCUCCCAACACCCCUUGGAGGUAGGCACUAUAUACUAUAGAAUACUAUGGGUAUUCGUAUCCCUCUUUCUACAGAUGAGGAAACUGAGAUUCAGAGAAGUCUCAGAGAAGAUCUUCAUAUCUUUGUGAAGUAGGGGGUAUCAUUUUCUCCAUUUUACAGAUGAAGAAACUGAGGCUGAGGGAGGAUAAAUGACUUACUCCUCCAGAAUUACACAGCUAGCCCCUGAGUAGGAUUUGAAUUCAGAUCAUCUUCUGACUCCCAGUCCAGCAUUCUAUCUACUGUGCCACCUAGGUGUCCACACAUUGGGGUCAUCUUACUAAGUGGCAAGGGCAGGACUUGAACCCUGCCUCCUAUCUCAUUUGUUACACCAGGAUGCCUCCAAGACACAAAGGAUUUACAUACUCUGGUCCUUCCUCAGCCUCUCCAGCUGUGGUCUACCCUCAUACCUCCACCCCAAUUCCCAACCACACGCAACACUGCCGGCUUUAGAUUGUCAAAGAGAACUCUUGCCUUGGGUUGUCUGUAUGCCUUUUCCUGAUGCUGUGUCUGCCACCUUAACUAUGAUUCCCAGUUCUCUGCUGCCUCCUGAAUAAAUGUUGUGCGCUAUUGUGUGGCCUCGUGUGGAGUCUGUU